UGUUGCUAUUGGGUCAUAUUGCAAUUGCCCUAGCUGUUGCAUCCUCACCCGUCUUUCUCCCGUGGCGUCCACACACGCAAAGCCGGGGCCGGUUCCGAAUUCCCUACCACUACCUUCCUGUCUCUGCUCUCCCUCUCUUUCUCAGUGGAUUUGGGACUUGCAUCAUUGGUGGAGUUUAUAUUAACCUCGUCCUUCAUUUCUUUCAUACUGGGCCUGCAAUCCAGAAGCCAUUGAAAUAGAGGUGUGCUUGCAGUAAACGUUGGAGAGAUCAUUGUAUUAUGGGAAGCAGUGAAGCUGAUGCAUCUGCCAAAACUCCAAGAACAUCUGUAGCUCAGGUACUCUGCAAUCCUCGUAUCAUCAAUUCAAUCAUUAUGGUUUUAGUUUUUAUACUUUAUUUUAGUUUGUUUUCUUGGAAAACCAAAUUCUCUCUUGAGUGUUCUUAUUUAGGAGCAAACCCCUGCCACUAGCUCCACCCCAUCUGUAACUGUUUACCCAGACUGGUCGAGCUUUCAGAUAAUGCAUAUGCUUGGGGAGGCUCAUCAAGUUGUCACUUCUUCUGACAGGCAUAUUCACCAAUUCCACCUCAUGGGUUCUUUCAUUCUCCUGUGGCAUCUAGUCCUCAGCCCCAUCCUUACAUGUGGGGACCUCAGCACCUUAUGCCACCAUAUGGGGCUCCACCAGCUCCAUAUGUGAUGUAUCCUCCUGGAGGGUUGUAUCCUCAUCCAUCUAUGCCUCCUGGGGCACACCCUUUCAGCCCCUAUGCAAUAACUUCCCCAAACAGCAAUGUUGAGGCUUCUGGAGCCAUUGCUGGUGUAGAAGUAGAUGGUAAGUCAUCUGGUUGUAUGGAAAGAAGUCCCCUAAAAAGAUCCAAAGGAAGUUUAGGUAGUUUAAAUAUGAUUACAGGAAAAAACAACAAUGAGCCAGGUAAAACAUCAGGGCAACCAACCAAUGGAACAUUUUCUCAAAGUGGGGAAAGUGGAAGUGAUAGUUCAAGUGAAGGGAGUGAUGCCAAUUCUCAAAAUGAUUCACACACAAAGACAGCUCGUGGACAUGAAUCUCAUGGUGGGGUUUCUCAGAGCAGCAAUUUUACUGGUGGAUCUCAAAAUGGUGUGUCCCAAACACCAUCACAGGCGAUGUUGAGUCAUCCAAUGGCUAUGGUGCCUUUGCCUGCAACACCACCUGGAUCAAUAACUGGUCCUACCACAAACUUGAAUAUAGGGAUAGACUAUUGGAGCACUCCAAGCUCAUCACCUAUUCCAAUGCAUGGAAAAAUUCCUGCAACUGCAGUUGGAGGGGCUGUAGUUCCUGGUGCUCCAUCAGAUCUUUGGUUGCAGGAUGAGAGAGAACUUAAAAGGCAGAAAAGAAAGCAAUCAAACAGGGAAUCUGCUCGUAGGUCCAGACUACGCAAGCAGGCAGAAUAUGAAGAGCUGGCAGUACGAGCUGAGGCUUUGAGAGAGGAAAACGCCAACUUGAGGGCAGAGCUGACAAGGAUCAAGAAGGAAUAUGAACAACUUGUUUCUCAAAACGCAUUGCUUAAGGAAAAGCUCAGCGAGCCAGAGCAAGGUGCAGAUGAUCCAAGUGCUGAUAGAAAGGAGCAAGGUUCUGUAGAUGAGAACUCCAGAAUGAACUUGGAUUCUGAUACACAAGCAGCAAAAAGGGACCAAGUGCAGAUGGACGUCUAGCCUGGCCGGUGCACAGAUCAGAGCCUAACCCUGAGCGACCUGUAUGCAUACCCGAUUAGUCUGCAACUGAAGUUUACAGUUUUUCUCAGCUGACUGGUCGUUAGAUAGACUGAUAUCAAAAUCAACCACCUUAGGUCUGGUUUUCCUAUAAUUAUGUUCUCACUAUUUAAGCUGAUAUAGGGUGGGUGCAUAAACCCAGCUUCCUUUUAUGCUGAAGCAUGGCUUGCUCAAUUGCCUCUUAAUUUGUAUGUCUAACUCUCAAUUGAAUGUAUUGACAGCAACGAUUAUUGCUAAUCCAGUUAUGUUGACUCUUUCUUCGCA